GAGGCAUCAUUGCCUGCCACAUCAUUUUUUCACUUUCACGGUGUUAAAAGCCCGCUGUAGGCUGAAACUUUUCCUUCCAUCAACGUGGCCUCCUUUUGUCCCUUAGCCAUUGAACUGUAGAUAUCCAAUAUCAUGUGUGGAGACGUGCCUUUAAUCUUUAUGAGGCGUGUGCAUGUGUGUGCGUGGAUGGGGCUCCACCUGACAGGAAACGGGUUGCGGGGGCGGACAAGGAGUGCUCACCAUAAUCCCGUCGUCUUCGGAAUGAUAACCUCAAAAGAGGAAGUUCGUGUUUGGGUUUCAUCUGAGUCAAACUCGGGAAAAGACUCUUUGCGGAUGCAUUGGUUUUGACGUGGGCGACGCCCGCGCUCAUAAAUAGAGAUGAAAGCACGUGGCUGAUCUGUCACAGGGACACCGCCUGCAUGGAGGACGGAGGAGAACUGGGACUGCACCGGGACGCGUUGGUCCAACUCCUGCUCCGGAACGAGACGCGACACCGCCGCAUGGCGCGGCUGCUCGGCCUCGCGCUGCUGCUGCUCACCGGAGCGCUGGCUUUACUCACCGCGGUGGUGUUCGGAGGGCGGGCGCGGCAGUCACCGGAGAGCCAGCCGAUGAUUCAUCCUCAAACGUAUUCACCAGGACUCAGCGUCCAGCAGAAGCAGGACUUCAGCAACCCAAGCGCCAUGCUAACAGCUCCCUUAGGCAACAGCGUUACCAGGAGUUAUCUUGAAUGGGAGAUUGAGAUUGGAAAUGCUUUCUGUCGGGGAGGUUUCAACUACUCCAAGGGGAGACUCGUGGUGCCCAGGAGGGGCAUCUACAGAGUCUUCCUGCAGGUCACCUACGAGGAAAAGGCCGACUUCAUAUGUAACGAUACGCUGAGACUCACCAACACUGUGUUCUACUUCCGGGAUACUUACAAAAAGAACGUGCCUCUCCUGACGUCGGUGGACACGGUGAACUGCAGCCAGAAGCUGUGGAUUAAGACGCUCUACACGGCCGGCCUGUUCUCUCUGGACGCUGGCGGCCAGCUACACGUGAACUCCUCGCACCCCGAACUCAUCGAUAAUAGAGAAACCAAUGUGUUCUUUGGCGCUGAACUUCUCCCUCAGUGAUCAGCUAGAAUCCCCUGGAUCUCAUCUUGAAGUCCAUGGAAGUUCAACAGUAGUUCAAUGGUGUCCUUUACUAUCACGGCUCAGGAUGUUGAAAUAGAAACAGUAGGGCUUGCUUCAUCUUGAACUUCAUCUAUUGAAGUUCUAAGCUGCUUAGUUUAGAACUCGCUGUUAUCAGCUCACAGAAGCGAUGGCUACCAGUUUGUAUUGAACAAAGCUGCAGGAUUAUGCUUUAUGUAUCUAAUCUAAAAAAGCCAGCCCCGUGUUGCAAACUGUCCUCAAAUGAAGGUAGCCGACAGCCCUUCCUUCUCCUCCAAAUGAUCAUUAUGAACAUAAUCAACGAGCACGCCUGUUAGCAGCACUCACAGCCAAGGCGCAAGCAGCUCGCCGAGGACCCUGGUCACGUGCACGGCCAAGUGAAACUUUCCAGCCUCCACGCCUAAAAAAGGAAUCCAAAAGUUUGGCCAAAAUGGGCAACAAGGUGGAUGGUCUGCAGCGAAGGUGAAGCAGCAGGGCAGACCUGUGUAACUUUAUGCCAUUGUGUCAUUUAAACAGUUACGUCGUUGGACCACAUUUUAGUUCUGUUGUUUUACAGACCGUCCAAGAGGAGUAAACUUUUCGUUGAUAUCCAUAAAAAAGUAUAUACUGGUGUGAUCUCUAGCAUGAACUAACAGUUGUCAUUCAUACAUUUAAAGAUGUCAUUAUAUAGAAUUGGUGGAGCUUAUACAGACUCCGCAGUGCGGGGAGUAGCGGUGGAAAUGUGUCAGGAGUUUGUGUUCAGAUUUGUACACAUACACCAAAUGGGUUUGUAUUGUAAGCUUCGCUGAUUUGAAAUAUUUGGGAUUUUUUUGUCUGUGUGUGUGUUGUGAAGAUUUUGUGAAAUAAAACGUUCAAAUGAAAAUG